AUGAAGAGCAUUCAGCUGUUCCGGACGACUGGUGUGAUCACGGCUUCCCGUAGCGACGUGUGUAAGACCUUUAAAGGUCAACAUACACAGGCUGCCGGGGCAGACGGAAUUACACAGGAACGAGAGAGACGGGACUAUCGUGGAUCUUCUGGGGAGCCUCAACAACAUUGUGAAGCUGACGAGGCAGAGAAGAGUCUCUCCACAUCAAAACACCUCAAUAAACAACAGCAGAGACCCACAGGAGAGAAACCUUACUGCUGCUCUGACUGUGGGAAACAUUUCUCAAGAUCAAAUUCACUAAAAGUACAUCUGAGAAUUCACACUGGAGGGAAAUCUCACUGGUGCUCUGACUGUGGGAAAGGAUUCAACUCUACAAUAGACCUUAAAAUACAUCAAAGAAUUCACACAGGAGAGAAAUCUUAUGGCUGUGAUCAAUGUGGGAAGAGUUUUUCUCAGCUUAAAACCCUGAAAUCACACCAGAGAACACACACAGGAGAGAAACCUUAUGGCUGUGAUCAAUGUGGGAAGAGUUUUACUGUGUCAAGCUCCUUGAUAGUGCACCAGAGAACACACACAGGAGAGAAGCUUCACCAUUGUUCUUUUUGUGGGAAAAGCUUUUCAACAUCACACACCUUGAAGGUGCACCAGAGAAUGCACACAGGAGAGAGACCUUAUAGCUGUAAUCAAUGUGGGAAGUGUUUUUUUACAUCUAGCAAUCUGACUAAACAUCAGAGAACACACACAGGAGAGAAACCAUAUAGCUGUAAUCAAUGUGGGAAGAGUUUUGCUCAAUCUGGAGAUCUGAAGAUACACCAGAGACUACACACAGGAGAGAAACCUUAUGGCUGUGAUCAAUGUGGGAAGAGUUUUAAUCAGUCAAGCAGCCUGAUAGUACACCAGAGAACACACACAGGAGAGAAACCCUAUGGCUGUGAUCAAUGUGGGAAGAGUUUUAUUCAGUCAAGCAGCCUGAUGGUACACCAGAGAUCACACACAGGAGAGAAACCAUAUAGCUGUACUGAAUGUGGGAAGAGUUUUGUUACAUCUGGCUGUCUGAUGACACACCAGAGAACACACACAGGAGAGAAAUCUUAUAGCUGUGAUCAAUGUGGGAAGAGUUUUACUCAGUUAAACAGCCUGGUAUCACAUCUGAGAACACACACAGGAGAGAAACCAUAUAGCUGUAGUCAAUGUGGGAAGAGUUUUAAUUGGCUUAACAGCCUGGUAUCACACCAGAGAACACACACAGGAGAGAAGCCUCAUAGCUGUAAUCAAUGUGACAAGAGAUUCUCAGAUAAAAGAUAUCUGAUUAAACAUCAGAAAAUACAUAGUUGAAGGAGUUGUUUCAUGAUAUCAAUGUAAUGUCACUAUGUUUUUAAUCAUUUUUAUGAUGUCACAAUGUGGAACCCUAAAUGUUUGUUCAAUUGAUUUGAGAUGUUCGUUGUAAAGGGUUUAAACACUGUUUCCCAUGCUUGUUCAAUGAACCAUAAACAAUUAAUGAACAUGCACCUGUGGAA